AAUGGCAGAAAGUGGAGCCUUCAAGGUACCGAGCGUUGACGAAAAGCUGUUAACAAAGCUCCGAAAACCGGUGUUGCCAGCGUCGGUUCCGAAAGUAAACAUACCGCCACCGACCACGGCUGAACCACAAAGCGUGGAACAAUUCGAACAAAACACGGUAGAAAUUCCUCCCGUACCGUACAAAGAACCAAGAUGGUCCCGCAAAUGUGACCCGGCGCAAGAGUACAGCUUCGAGGUGGAAAAAAACGGCGUCAUCAUCGAAGAGAUUAAACAGCUACAGCAUAAACCGUUUUGGUUGUUUGGCCGUUUGCCGAACUGUGACGUGAAUAUGGCCCAUCCGACCAUAUCCCGGUAUCACGCCAUCCUCCAGUACCGAGGCACAGAUAGUACGGCUGCGGCAAAGAAGGAUCAGGAGGAGGAGAUGGAAGAAUCAAAUCGUCCGGCACAUGCAUCGAUCGAACCGGGUUGGUAUCUGUACGAUCUGAACAGUACGCAUGGUACGUUUUUAAACAAACAACAAAUCCCGGUACGCACGUACGUUCGUGUUCGAGUCGGGUACAUGAUAAAGCUAGGGUCGAGUUCGCGUACCUACAUCUUCCAAGGGCCUUCCGAAGAUGACGAGGAAUCGUCGCGCAAUGUCACCAUCACGGAGAUGAAAGUUCGCCGACAGAAGCAGGUAGAAUUACGUGAAGAGAUCGAUGAAAUUACGCGCAAAGAACAGGAACGCGUUGAAAAGCUGAAGGAAGAGCAAGGCAUCACAUGGGGUAUGGCGGAGGACGCCGAUGAGGAAACCGAUCUGACCGAAAAUCCGUACGCAUCAUCAAACAACGAAGAGCUUUUUCUGAACGACCCAAAGAAAACGUUGCGCGGCUACUUUGAACGGGAAGGCCACGAACUGGAUUACAACGUUGAGGAGCUAUCGGCGGGCACGUACCGUUGCAAGGUGGAGCUGCCGAUAGACGGUCCUGAUGGGCAACCGCUCGUAGCCGAGGCAACGCACAAGGGCAAAAAGAAGGAAGCUGUCAUCCAGUGUGCUAUGGAAGCGUGUCGCAUACUAGAUCGGUACGGUAAAUUGCGACAGGCAAAUCAUGAACCGCGGCGACGUUUCCGGAAGCAAUCGGAUUCAGAUGAUGAUGACGAUUUUAUGGAUCGGACGGGAGCAGUCGAGGAACGGCGAGAGCGGAAACAAGCAGCAAUGAAUCCGCAAACACAUACAUUUGCAGAUUUGAUCCAUAAGGAAGCUCUCAUUCUCGACUGUCUGGAGGCCAAUGAAUGUAAAAUACAAAAUGCUCGCCUGAUAAAACAGGAAACACACUUGCCAGAGAACGACGACGACGUGGAAAAGUUUCUAAGCAAUCUCGCUAAAGACACAACCGUGGACAAGUUUGAAAUUCGACGGCUGCGCCAGAAGCAAGUGAAGCUAAACAGCGAGCUUAAAAAGAUAAAGAAGCUCAUCGAAGUGACAAAGCCGGUCGAUCUGGACAAGAUUGGAAUGAAUAAGCCGAGUACCUCCGAUACCAAGCGGCAAAUGUUGCCACUGUUCGGUAAGCGAACCAAGCUCAGCAACACUUUCGGCAUCCGGGAAUCAAGUAUUAAGGCUGAAAAGGAUGCUGAUCUCGAUCCUCCACCGGCAGAGCCAGCUUCUUCAAUCGUUCCAGUGCUAGAAAAGUCUCCCAAACAACCUCAGGACGACAAUGUUGCAAGUAGCAAUGACACAAUUAAUCGUUUAAAGCAAGAAAAGUUAGGAGAGCCGAGCAGCAGUAAACACAAUUUGGGGAAACGAUCGUUGGCGGCGAGUGCAGAGCCGAAAGUUGUAUCCGAAGCUGCAGGUGCUGGUGGCCAUGGCGACAGCACGUCUAUUGCUGAUAGUAAGAAAAAACGGACCCGUCUUAGAGGUCAGAAAACUCGCGAAAAUGUCGAUAUUGACGAUACGGUAGAGAUGGCAAGCGAGGAUAAAAAUGUCGAAUGGGUACCGCCAUCCGGUCAGACUGGUGAUGGUAGAACCUCGUUAAAUGAAAAGUACGGAUAUUAA